GAAAGUUACUGAGAGAGUCCUGCGCGCUGCAGCCGGACAGCUCUGCUGUGAGGAGGGCUGUGAAUGACCUUCCUCCAGUGAUUCAGAGCUGAUGGGACAAAGUUUAACUCCGCCCUCCAACAUCCAGCCAAUCAUGUUCAAAUAUUCAAAUGAGCCACCCAUAAAGAUGACUUGGAGCGGCAACUGUGACAGACCAUAAGCAACUUUACUCUCAAACUGCCACUCCAUUACACUUUGUGUUUUAAAAUUUCUAUAAAAGCUUGGAUUAACAACCAUCAUCCAGAUUUUUUUUUUAUUCAGGAUAUUUAAGAGAGAAAAAAACUUCUCAAUAAUAUGGGAAAAGAAAAUAUCUGCUUUUUGUCUGUUUGGAUAAUUUUGGGAAAAAUCUUUGCAACUUUUUCUUCUGAACCCGAACUCACCACCACUGUGUUUGUAAACAGCACAGUCACCGCUACUCCCCUGCCGACCACCACUGAAUGGAUCACAGACUACACGGACAUUGUGACCAAGUUCUCCCUGCGCUCUGCAGAAUCUGCAGAAGAUGACCUCUGCUACCUUGUGCCCGGAGAGCCUGAAAGCAUCGAGGAGUGUGAAUACAAACCAGAAUCACAGACGUUCAUUGUGAUUCAUGGCUGGACGGUGACGGGGAUGUUCGAGAGCUGGGUGCCCAAGUUGGUGUCCGCCCUCUACGACCGCGUGCCCAGUGCCAACGUGAUUGUGGUGGACUGGCUGACCCGCGCCAACCAGCACUACCCGACCUCUGCAGCCUACACCAAGCUAGUGGGCCGCGAUGUGGCCAAGUUUGUUUCAUGGAUUCAAAGAGAGCUGCAGUUGCCCUGGGAGAGGAUUCAUCUGCUCGGCUACAGUCUGGGAGCACAUGUGGCUGGGAUUGCUGGAGACCUCACUGACCAUAAAAUCAGCAGGAUCACAGGUCUGGAUCCUGCUGGUCCGACCUUCGAGCACGCCGACAACCAGAACACUCUGUCCCGAGAUGACGCCCAGUUUGUGGACGUCCUGCACACCAACACCAGGGGAUCCCCAGGCCGCAGCAUUGGCAUCCAAAGACCUGUGGGCCACAUCGACAUUUACCCCAACGGAGGCACUUUCCAGCCAGGCUGCGACAUCCAGAACACCUUGCUGGGGAUCGCACAGGCAGGCAUCAAGGGCUUCCAUGAUAUGGGCCAGAUCGUCAAAUGCUCCCACGAGCGCUCCAUCCACCUGUUCAUCGACUCGCUGCUGAACACCCAGCAGCAGAGCAUGGCCUACCGCUGCAGCACUAGGGAAGCCUUCAACAAGGGGCUGUGCCUCAGCUGCAGGAAGAACCGCUGCAACAAGAUUGGCUACAACAUCAACAAAGUGCGCUCGCCACGCAGCGCCACGAUGUACCUCAAGACUCGGGAAAUUAUGCCUUACAAAGUUUUCCACUAUCAAGGGAAGAUACAUUUCUUCAGUAAGGACCCACUGAGCUUCACCCAGCAGCCGAUGAAGAUUUCUUUGUAUGGAACCCACGGAGAGAAGGAGGACAUUCCCUUCGUCCUGCCGGACCUGAACGGUAACAGUACUCAGUCCUUCCUCGUCACCACCGACGUCGACAUCGGAGACCUGAUGAUUGUGAAGCUGCGUUGGGAGAAGGACGCGAUCAUCAGCUGGUCAGACUGGUGGGGCAGCAGCAAAUUCCACAUCCGCAAACUGCGCAUCAAGUCCGGAGAGAAACAAUCCAAGGUGAUCUUCAGCGCAAAGGAAGGAGAGUUUGCCUAUCUCGUCAGAGGAGGAGAACCGGGAGUCUUUGUCAAGUCAAAAGAAGACAACAGGAGCCGUAAAGAAAAAUUGAUGCACAAGCUGAAAACUCAGGGCAGUCUUUUCGGGCAGAACGACGCUUGAGGUUGCACUUGAACACAUGCAGAGCAUUAAUGUCUCCACACGUAGCCAAAGACGGACAGCACACAGCAACACUGGGAAAGCCUUUGCAAGUAACUGGACAUAUACUGAACUUUCUUUUUCCUUAUUUUCCUCCCUUUGUGUAUCAUGACUUCAGCUCCCAGUUCAACCAACACAACCUCAUCUAUUGUGCUGGAAACCAGUCUGCACACUCAAGCUCUCUCCUGUCUCUACGCAUGUUCUGCUGCUGAAAAAUGUUACAAGUUUCUUUGUGAUGAUGUGCUCACUUUCAGUGUCUCUUACUGCAUAUCUUUGUAAUCAUUCGUUUAUUCUUUUGUAGCCCACAUGUACUGUUUAUAUUGAUUUUGAUGUAUUUUCAACCCCUAAAGUGGUGUGUUUUCUUUGCCUUUGUGAACUUGGGUCAUUGUAUAAAUGAUUUAGAGUGAUAGGCAUAUUUUAGGCACAUCUUUUUGUUAUUUUAUUUUUAUUUCCUAAACGUGCAAAAUGAUCAUUUUGUCCCUAAUGUUUGUCUCGACCGAACCACUAAUUUCCAACAAUUGACAGGGACCAAAGAAGUAUUUACUAUCUACUGAACGGAGAAUCACAGCAGUCUUUGUAAAUACUUUUUAAAAUCAGUAUUAUAUAUAUAUUUUUAUUGAAUAUGAGUGAUGUGUUAAUAUCUGAUCCCUUGAAGCCUUACUUGUUCUUUGAUGGUGUUUUGGUUAUUGUGUCACUGGUCACUUUAAACGGCUUUCAGUCCCCUUCAGCCAUUUAGACGUUAAGGUCACUGAGAUUAGGGUCCAACAGGGAUAUACACUUUUUAAGUUUGGGUAAUUUUUUUUCAUGAAACUAAAUCCAGUGAUGGUGAGAUGCUCCUUAAUGACAUCAUGAAUGGAUCAACAGUGUCUCACCUGCAACAGUUUACCUCAGUGAUGAAUUCUGCCUACGAACAUGCCCUUAUUCUGAAAGGUCAAAGGUUAUAAAAUUGCUGAAAAUAAAAAUGCAUGCCUCUGUAAUUUGUGAUGGACUGGCCUACAUAAUAGCCAUAAUACAUCUCAGAAACACUUCUUAUUGUAUUUAUUGAAUGUACAUUUAUAUAUUUGUAUAUUAAGCUGUGAUAUAUUUUGGCAGGCUUCUAUUGUUGACUGUAUUUUUAUAAAUGAAGCGUUUUGUGAUUUUUAUGCACCUGGCUUUGGAAAGAUCGAUCAAAUUGGUCUCCAUGCCGGCUGUUCGGAGCAUUUAUGAACUGAAAUGCAGUGCACUGUAUAAAUAAAGAGCCCAGGAUGGUUUAAUAAAGAGAUAAACCACA